AUGAGGCCGCUCCUCCUCCGAUCUUUCAAACCGCCGCUCCUCCGGCCCAUCUUCACACCCGUCCGCGCCGCCUCCAGGAAGAAAUAUGUCCCAGACGAGCCCACCAUAGCUCCAGGAUCCGAAAACCACCAUGACCUUCCCUCCUUCCUCGCAUACGCGGAGCGCGUCGAGCUCGCCCCCGACCGCACCGUCUACGUCGGCACGCACUACGAAUAUACCGUCGCCGCCACGCUCAAGCGGUUCGGGUUUCGCCUCACCCGCACCGGCCGCGCCUCCGACUUCGGUAUCGACCUGCUAGGCACAUGGACUCUGCCCAUCUCCGACGGACAUACAAAGAAGAAAAGGAAGGACGCUGAUGCUCAUGCUCUACGCGUCCUCGUACAGUGCAAAGCCAGCAACAAGAUCCUCAAUCCCAAGAACGUGCGCGAGCUCGAGGGUGCAUUCACGGGCGCGCCCGCGCUGUGGCGCGAGGAAGACUUUCUGGGCUUGCUGGCAACGACACAGAAGGCGACGAAGGGCGUUAUGGAGGCGCUCGGCCGCAGUCGUUGGCCGAUGGGAUUCUUGAAGGUGGAUCCGGAUGGGCGGGUGGAGCAGUUUUUGUGGAAUGCAAGCGCGAAAGCGAGGGGGUUGGAAGGGCUGGGAGUCACGCUGAGGUAUCUAGUGGACGAGAAGAGCGAAGAUGGAGAGAUUAAGGUUGACAUAGCUUUGACGUGGCAAGGGAGGCCGCUACCGUACGUAGAGUUGGAAGAGGAGGCGGAGGCUUUGCCCACGUUGCAGAUGAGAUCUGCAGAACUGGAGGAGAUGGUGUCUGAACCUGUAUCAGAACCUGUUAAAGAAAGGCCAAAAAAGAAGAGGUCUGCAAAACUAGAGGAGGAAAAUGUGUCCGAGCCUGAACCUGUGUCAGAGCACAUGGAAGAAAAACCAAAAAGGAAGAGGAUUGCGAAGCGGAAGGAGGAAAAGGCGUUUGAGCCUGAGCCUGAGCCUGUAUCAGAGAACAUCGAGGAGAAGCCGGAAAAGAAGAAGCGCGGCAGGCCAAGGAAGAAGAGGGAGGAGGAGGAAGCUUGA